UUUAACGACUAAAGAUACAGCUCUGUAUUACUGAAGGUUUUGACAAUGUGCGCAUUUACGAACACUUAAACACUCUAGCAGCGUUUUUUGUACCAAUAGAUACAAUUGGAGCUACCGGACUUUAAAUGUUAAUACGAUGAAUGUUGUUAUUUGUUGUGUUGCAGUGAAAUAAAUGACUAACACUUUGAGCAACAAUGUCAAUGAUGUAGUCGAAAUAAAAGAAACAUACAACUACUGCUAUAUCAGGCAUUGCAGAACAGAAAAAUACCAUUUGAUAUGAAAAGGCGUUGCUAUUGAAAAAAAUUACGAAUGGAAUUCUACAAAAAAAUAACAUGAAUAACACUUUCAAUAUAAGCGAUGAAAAGGUUAUAUUGGAACGCAUCAACGCGAAGACAGCUGACCAGAUGACGCCAGUGAUUGCUUAUCUUGUCAUUUUAAUGUGUGUAGGACUGAUCGGAAAUGUUCUAGUGGUCCUGUUCUACGGACGUAAUGCAAAGAACUCUACUCACUUUGUUUUCAUUUGCACCUUGGCCAUUUAUGAUCUGAUCUCUUGCGGAAUUUCAAUACCAUCUGAGAUAGCUACCCUUCGAUUGUUCUUCACAUAUGACAACAGUAUUGCAUGUAAAAUCUUUCGAUUUGUGAACCAUUUUGCAGCAAUUGGUAGCAUUGGAGUUUUGUUGGAAAUAUCCAUUGACAGAUACAGAAAGAUUUGUAGACCAUUCCGAAGGCAGUUAAAUCACAAUCAAACAAAAGUGGCAUGCGCUGGCUCUAUAGUUGGCGCCUUGUUCUUUUCAUGGCCCUCAUUGGUCUUUUGCAAAGCAGUACCGGUAGACGUGAGAAAUGAAAAUGGUCAGCAAGUUACCGGAUAUACCUGUACUACAACCAAAGAAGAAAAAUAUCGUAAUUACCUAUGGAUUUUUAACUCAACGCAUUUUGUUAUCUUCAUUUGUUUUACUAUCAUACUAUGUGUAAUGUACGCCUUAGUUUGGAGUGUCCUCCUAAAGCGGAAAACAUAUUCGGAAACUUCCGAAGUGUCGGCCAUUGGAGUGGAACCUUCUUAUAGUGGAGACUCAAUGGACCGGAGUACACAAAGUGCGAGAAUGGCAGUGGAAAUGGCUACGCAGCCAAGCCAUACCAAACCUCGUACAGUUAGGUUGACGAUGUUGAUGGUGGUGAUUACGGUGGUGUUUGUUGUCAGUUUUCUACCUUUUUUUCUGUUAGUCAUAUGGCGUGCAAAAAAUGGUACCUUUGAAUCUGAUUUUUUAUCCGACAGUGACCUAGUUGCUUUUCAAUUUGGAAUCAGAUCUUAUCUAUUUAGCUCUGCAAUUAACCCCUUUAUGUAUGGAUUCUUUAACUCCGAAUUCCGAGAAUAUGUGAGAAAAGUUGUUUGUGCUUGGAAGAGAUAAAGAGAUCGCAGCUUGUUUUUUACAUCAAGCACUAAAUCGGCAAUUUAUAUAUUUACUUUCAUUUUGACUGUGUAACAGUGCGUACAUAAUAUGAAUAAAAACAAUAACACGAAUUGUAAUCUGGUAUUAUAAUAAACAAACCAAUUAUUUAACCCACAUCCGGGUCAUUUGUACCAAGACCAUACGCCGAUUGAAGUGGACAAAAUUAUUCUGCAUUGGAACAGAAAAGUUCAUCACUAAAUUUAUUUUGUGUAAGUUGCAUGUGCCAUAACAAUGAGUCUUACAUGAACUGUUUACAUGUUCACUGUGUGUUUAAUUAUGUUCUAAAAAGUAAAACAAGUACCGUAAGAUAUAUGUACACUAAUGUUCCAAUGAAUAUAACAUGUGCUGUUAGAUAUGUGUAUAAUUAUGUUCUAAAGAUUAUAACAAAAACUGUUAGAUACUUUAACAAUUAUGUUCCAAAGAGUAUAACAUGUGUUGUUAGAUGUGUGUAUAAUUAUGUUCUAAAGGGUAUAACAUGUACUGUUUAAUAUGUAUAUAAUUAUGUUUCAAAGAGUAUAAAAUGUGCUGUUAGAUGUGUGUAUAAUUAUGUUCUAAAGUGUAUAACAUGUACUGUUUAAUAUGUAUAUAAUUAUGUUUCAAAGAGUAUAAAAUGUGCUGUUAGAUGUGUGUAUAAUUAUGUUCUAAAGUGUAUAACAUGUACUGUUUAAUAUGUAUAUAAUUAUGUUCCAAAGAGUAUAACAUGUGUUGUUAGAUGUGUGUAUAAUUAUGUUCUAAAGGGUAUAACAUGUACUGUUUAAUAUGUAUAUAAUUAUGUUCCAAAGAGUAUAAAAUGUGCUGUUAGAUGUGUGUAUAAUUAUGUUCUAAAGUGUAUAACAUGUACUGUUUAAUAUGUAUAUAAUUAUGUUCCAAAGAGUA